GGAGGAGACUGCGCCGGCGACAGCAGGGACUGGUGGAAUCCCGAUGUGGCUGAGGGACCGCCACCGCCAGCAGGGAGGCGGGGGGCUAGCAAGCCGAGCGGUGGGAACGCCGCUGCAGUCCUCUUUGCCUGCCUUGCCGCCCUCCUAGACACGCUCAUCAACGGAUCCUACCCUCCCAGCUCUUGCAAGCAUUCACUCGGCCCGUCGCCUGCUGACCCUCCUUCGCCACAGGCUCAUAGCGGAGGCAGCAGUGAGGUGUCCGAUUUGGGCACGUGAGGCCCGCGAUCCGCGGCGGUGGACGCCAGGCAGGCAGGCAUGAAGACCCCCAACGCACAGGAAGCCGAAGGACAACCAACCAGGGCAGCUGCAGGACGGGCCACUGGGUCUGCAAACAUGACAAAGAAAAAAGUCUCCCAAAAGAAGCAGAGAGGCAGACCUUCAUCCCAGCCCCGCAGGAACAUCGUGGGCUGCAGAAUUUCUCAUGGAUGGAAAGAAGGAGAUGAGCCCAUCACCCAGUGGAAAGGAACCGUUCUGGAUCAGGUGCCUAUAAAUCCCUCUCUUUAUCUGGUGAAAUAUGAUGGAAUUGACUGUGUCUAUGGACUGGAACUUCACAGAGAUGAAAGAGUUUUGUCUCUUAAAAUUCUUUCUGACAGGGUGGCAUCAUCUCAUGUUAGUGAUGCCAACCUUGCAAAUACUAUAAUUGGCAAAGCAGUGGAACACAUGUUUGAGGGAGAGCAUGGUUCUAAGGAUGAAUGGAGGGGCAUGGUCUUAGCUCAAGCACCUAUCAUGAAAGCCUGGUUUUAUAUUACCUAUGAGAAAGAUCCUGUCUUGUACAUGUAUCAGCUUCUAGAUGAUUAUAAGGAAGGUGACCUCCGCAUCAUGCCAGAAUCCAGUGAGUCUCCUCCAACAGAGAGGGAGCCAGGAGGAGUUGUAGAUGGCCUGAUAGGUAAGCAUGUGGAAUAUACCAAAGAAGAUGGCUCCAAAAGGAUCGGCAUGGUCAUUCACCAAGUGGAAGCCAAACCCUCUGUGUAUUUCAUCAAGUUUGAUGAUGAUUUCCAUAUCUAUGUCUAUGAUUUGGUGAAAAAGUCCUAACUGUUAGGGUAAAAUUUGGCACAUGUGUGGAAACAAAUGUAUAAUUUGUAGACAUGCAAAAAAUGUUGCCUUUCAGUGUAUUGAAAGCUUAUGGAAUCCCUGAUAACCUAACAUCUUUGCCAGCAUUAACUGUUGUUUUGCUCUAAAAAAUACAAACUCAUGUGUACAUGA